CCCUCCAGGGGUGAGCAGAAGGAAUACAACCUAACAGCUGGUUCUGAGUGAGAAGCCACCAAAGCAUAAGCUACGAGAGGGUUCUCAAAAAGAUUCUGCCUACUCAAAACUCCUCAUUCUUUUUGUUGUUGAGAAGCUAGGUGUCUGCCAUUUUUAAAUUUCUUAUUCCAUUUAAAGGGAAACCAGUGAAUUGAAAAUGAGACUAAAUGUUGCCAUCUUCUUUGGAGCUCUCUUUGGUGCUUUGGGGGUUUUACUCUUUUUGGUGGCUUUUGGAUCGGAUUAUUGGCUUCUUGCGACUGAAGUGGGGAAGUGUUCAGGUGAACAGAAUAUAGAAAACGUCACUUUCCACCAUGAAGGAUUCUUUUGGAGGUGUUGGUUUAGUGGGAUUGUGGAAGAGAAUGAUUCCAAUAUCUGGAAGUUCUGGUACACUAAUCAGCCACCGUCCAAGAACUGCACACAUGCUUACCUGUCGCCAUAUCCCUUCAUGAGAGGCGAGCACAACUCUACCUCCUAUGACUCUGCAGUUAUUUACCGUGGUUUCUGGGCAGUCCUGAUGCUCUUGGGGGUAGCCACUGUGGUGACCGCCAGCUUUCUGAUCAUCUGUGCAGCGCCCUUCGCCAGCCACCUUCUUUACAAAGCCGGGGGAGGCUCCUAUGUGGCUGCAGGCAUCCUGUUUUCACUGGUGGUGAUGCUGUAUGUCAUCUGGGUCCAGGCAGUGGCUGACAUGGAAAGCUACAAAAACAUGAAAAUGAGAGACUGCUCGGAUUUCACUCCUUCUGUUCUGUAUGGCUGGUCAUUUUUCGUGGCCCCAGUGGGGAUAUUUUUUUCUUUGCUUGCUGGAUUACUAUUUCUAGUUGUUGGACAUCACAUUCAGACACAUCACUAAUCAAACUGUUGCCACCAGUGUUUUCUUGAGAGAUUUUAAAACACCAUAUUUUUAAAUUUUCAUUUUGUGUUAGUGAUCCCAGCAUAAAAUUAGUUAAUGAUAUGUUUUAGUUGCUAUUUGAAUUAACCAUUUUCCUUGUGAUUUCCCCUGAUAAGAAGGUUCUAUAAUCUCUCCAGACACCAACGUGUUUCCAUCUUAGCUAAGUGCUAUCAGGAACCUAGUUCUUUGGGGAGCAGGUAACAUGGGCCUCCAUUUCAUUGCACUGGUUAGAGUUCAUGCAGGUCGCAAAUAUAUAUAAAGGUAUUAUAACAUAAUACUACCAUCAACCGGGGCAAAUCAAGAUUUGAUUUAAAGCCGCCUUCUUGGCAUUUACUUCUGUUGCUACUUAAAAAAAAAAAAUCUUUGGAGAAUAAUUAAGAACGGGAAACAAAUGUCAGAAUUUACUCCAUUCUUCUCUGCACACAUACAUAAACACAUGCACAUUCACUGACUCCUGUGAGCAAGUUAUUCAUUAUCUACAACUAGACAGCAGUUGUGUUCUGGUAGCGGGAGCCAGGCACACUUGUCAGUUAAAAUGGGCCACAAGAACCGAGAACGUGGACUUUUUCCACUUUCUUACCACUUGGUUACCUAAUUUGAUUCACUCAAUUGCGCAUACUUACAUAAACCUUAAACUAUGUUUAAAAGUAACAAAUCUGUGCACCAAAUUACAUAUAAUGCAGAUUGGAUUUUUAAGAACUUAAAGUGGGUUAAUUGUCUACUUAAUACGGUUGAAAAUAUGUAAAAAACAAGAACCUUAGCUUAGUACAUAACUCUAUUUUAGAAUUCCCAUUUAAAAUUGUAUUGCUAAUACGUUCAACAUGUGAAAAUUUAUUGAUGAAGUAUGCAUUUAAUAUGUACAAAAAUACUUCCAUAUGAGCCUUUCUUUAUUAAAGACUAUGAAAUGUCAACUUUUCCUGAGAUUUUAUGGGCUGUAGUUCUUCUGAUCAUUUGAUUCCCUUAAUUAUUGUCCAUCGAUUUCUUCGUUUUUACAACAGGUAUAUUAACAUUUAUAGGCGUGCUAUUUCCUUUAACUUCUUGGAAGACAACUUUUGCUUUUUGCUGGGGGGAGGGGAGGGGUGGAAUAAUUCUGUAUUAUUUACUAGCACAGAUAUUUUGCAUAUCAAAGAUGUUUGUCUGGCACCAGUUUUGAUUGAAAUCAAAUCCAUCUGAGAUGCCAAAGUCCUAUUUGCAUUUUGGAAACCUCCACCCUAAGGAGUUUGUGUUAGUGAAGGAACAGAGUACAACAUGGCUGUGAGCUUUGUUCCAGGGGCAGCUGCUGUGAAGGUGAGGGCAGGACUCAGAGGCAACUGAGGGGUGGUCACCUAGAAGAUGCUGUGGCCAGAGAGACUGCUGCUGUCCAUCCAGCUGUUUCCGUGAUGGAGAGAGUGCUCGAGUCUUCUCUACAUGUCUCCUACUUUCCAUCAAACCUUGUUUCAGUGGGAGGGGUUUCUGGAGGACGAGCACAGGUCUGAGGCAUCCACAGACUCCUGAGGAGCACUUUAGUGUUUAGGGAUUUGCAUGCAAUAAAAACACAAAACAAAACCAAAAAACUAAGCUUCAGGGGUGUAACUGGUUUCUCAAGCCAUUUCAGUUCUAUCCUAAAUGAUUUUUGUGGUACUUUCCUUAGUCUUUUUCUGUUUCAUUUUUAUAUUGUGUUCCUUUAUCUCUUUGCUUUUGGCUUGAUUAUUAGAAAAAUAAUUAUGGGUUCUGUUAUGCAUAUUGACUCUGAUAUUAAAUUAUGGCACACCAUUAAGUUUUCCAGACGAUGCUAGAUGUAUUUGAUUAGCUCAUGUCAUCUGUAAAUACAAUUCCUUUUUGUAGAACUUUGGAAUGGAGCCUUUUCUUGGUGUAUUAUAUGUCAUUUCAAUUUCACAUACAAGCUGCUUUCAGUAAAGGUUUGAAUAUUUAUAAAU